CACAGGUCCUCGCCGACUCUUGUCACUGAAGCAGCGGGGAGGGAGAUGAUGUCGUGCGGGCGGACGGUGACGUGAUGGUUCCGGUUCGUGUGAGGCGAGCUUGCGCGAAGAAACAGGUUGCAGAGAUUUUGCGUGAAAAGGGUUUGAUGGAGAUUUGGUCGAAUGUCAGCGGGAACGAUCGUAAUAGCAGGAGGAAUUCUUGCCGGAGUCAUACUGCUGUGCAUUGUUGCAGUCCUCUGUUACUGUCGACUACAGUACUACUGCUGUAAGAAGAAUGACUCCGAGGCGGCGCCGUCCGCCCCACUCUCGGACACGCUUCCCGACCCGCUCUCCCACUUCCCGUGCGACACGUGCGAUGCGCUGGCCAACGACGGCGCCGCCAUCGCGCCCGUUUCUUUGGACCAGCUGGACGCCGUCGCCGCCCCGUGCCGCGCCUGCUCACCGUACGUCCGCCGCGCCGCGCCCCGAAUGCUCAACGGGGGCGAGCGUCUGGGCUUCCACACGUACUACGAGAAGCCGCUACCUUUGGGAUACGUGUCCCCGGCACCGCCGCCCAGGCCCUACAGCACUCAGGUGUGACCUUUGAACUUCUCAAACCCAGCCCACAUGAACAUACUGCAUACGGACGUGGGUUUGGAUUCUUUGGGGACACAUCCUGGACUGAAACACUGUCAAGAUCCCCCUGAUCCCCCUAGCACCAAACUGUUUUUAGGACUCCACUCAAACUGAUUCUUAUUCUAACAUCUAAAUUGCCUUUUUCAAGGCUGUAACAUAUUCAAAGCUAGUAUCAUCAUUUAGCGCUAGAAAGUGAAAAACAAACAAAACAAAACAAAUUUUUAGCACACUUCUCAAAUUGCUUUAUUUCUUAUUUUUUUUUCAUUCUAUAUUCCGACAUUUAAAUUGCAUUUUGAAGGCUUUAAAAUAUUCAAAUCUAUUAACAACGUAUAGUGCUCCCAAGAACGUGACCCCCCCCCCCACCCCCAUACAUUUUUAAGCACCCUAUUCAAAUUGCUUUAUUUCUUACUUCUUUUUCAUUCUCAUUCCAACAUCUAAAUUGCCUUUUUGAAGGCUUUACCAUAUUCAAAACAAUUAACAUAAUUUAGCGCUCCCAAGAAAGUGAAGAAAAAAAACACAUUUUGCUUUACUUCAUACCAUUUAAUUCUUGUUAUGGAAACUAAAUUCACUUUUAGAGGGCUUCAACAUAGUCAAAACUAUUCAUUAUUAUUAUUAUUAUUAGUAGUAGUAGUAGUAGUACAACAAUACAUCACAUUUAAAUGCUGUGUUCCAUAGUUUAAUUAUGAAAAAAAUUACUGCUAGUUUAUUACCUUUUUAUAAUAGGAUUAUUUUGGGGCUAAAAAACCUUUGGCAUAUUUCAAUUUUCUAUUGAAGCUUUUGAAGGGUUAUUGUAUUAUUACAACUAUUAUAAAAAAUAAACUAAAGCAAUUUUUAAACCAUUGUUUAAAUGGGGAGGGGUCGUAGUACAAAUGAAUAACAUAAAAUAAAGUACAAUAAAUGUGCCACAGAAACUGCCCCGAAGCCUACAACGUAUUGUUUAUUAUUACUUUUCACAUGAUUAUUACUAUUGGACUAAUUUGUAUUUAAAUACCGUGUUUCAUAGUUAAAAAAGUUCACAACUAACGCGUGCACACACACGCACACACACGCACACGCGAAACUUAACAUGAGGGCUGACUUUUUUCUGAGACUAAAAGAAGGAGAAAACAACAAAAGGGACUUUUUCUCCCCUUAAAAAAACAAAAAGAAGAAGAGGAGGAAGAAGCACACGUGCACGUUUGUGUUUUGGACUACUUCCUGUUUACAGACACAAUGAUGUCAUACUGUUUUUGAUGAUAUUGUACUGUAUACUGUAUACACAUUAGACAGUAUAGAGAGUGUAGUGUUACGCCACGAGUACCGUAUAUGCCUGGAUCUACAGCUAUACAUCUAUAUUUUGGACGUGUGACUGUUGUCGUGUCAAAUUUCGUGCGUUUUAGUGAGAGACGGUCGGCCUGGGACUUUAAAUGAUGGCGGACGCAUUAUUAGGUACACCUGCACCCUUGAAUGACGUCCAAUACAAGAGUAACAGCAACAGUCCUGCCUUUGCAAACGUCAUUAUAUGCCGAUUUAAAAAAAUUCUUACUGUUUAUUGUUCUGCUCGUAUUGUUAAAUUAGUUGUCAUUAGAUGACGUGGGUGUACCUGAUAUUGUGGCUGGUGAGUUUAAAUGGGUCAUUUUCAUAGAAUUUGAUCAAUAUCGGCACUGAAUUUCCUUUUGAAAAUCAAUCAAUUAAACUGAUAAGAGUACAGUGCAACCUCGAUUUAAUGGACUGAUAGGGGGGAGGGCUUGUCCAUUAAAUCAGAUUGUCCGUUAAAUUGAAGCAAUUUUUUUAUGGCCCUAAAACACAAGUACAGUACAAAAUUAUGGUUUUGUACUUAUUUUUGGCCUAAAAAUACCCACUGCAGUACAAAAUUAUUGUAAAUAAAUAUAAAAAAGCUUGAAACUAUUUGAAAAGUUUUAAUGUUUAUCCAAACUUACUUCACUGGUGCAUGAAAGGGGUGCGUUUGUGUUCCAACUGGACACUAUUUUCUGUCUGUUAAAUCCGAAGUCUGUUUAAUCGGGGUUCCACUGUAUUUGAAUUAUUGGCAGUAGUUAUCCAUCAACAGGUCAUAAUUGUCUCUCAGAAGAAAAAAAAAUAUAUUCUCGGCAUUAAUUAGUUACAGUAUUUUUUGAUCAAGUCAAACCGCUCAAUUUUAUUUCUGAAUUUGAAAUAAAAAUGCAACCUUUCAACAGGAAAAAAAGAGAACGCGAAUGUGCUCUACCAAAACAUUCCGUAAAAAUGAAAACAUUUCAAAAGGGCGUGUUCCCAAUUAAUGUUUUGGUAUUUUCUUUCGCUUUACCUGCUCGACCCGUUUGCCGGGCCGGGACGUGAUUAUCAUAAUAAAGUCCCUUCGACGGCCUGAGGCCGAU